AUAGUGGAUUAUGUCUCGUAAAAACACACGCCAUAUUGGAUUUCCCUAACAGAUUGGGAUGUGUUAGUGAAAUACUCCUUCUUAUGAGAGGUAUCACGUGUAGUUAUGUUCAGGGUGGAGGGCAGUGAGAGGCGAGACAUACCAGGUGCAUGGAGACUUCAAGUUACACCAGUCAGCUUUAGAGAGUGACAAGUGUUAUGUUGAAAUACUGAAACGUAUUCACUUCAGGUGUGUUAGUGCUCAAUAACGGUAUCCUACAUGAAUGCCAAUUUGAGUAGGAUAUUUGGAACUGUGUGUGCAUACUUUGUGGCAGUGAACUCAAAUAGAAAAAGUCCUUGUUGAGAGUUAACGUGACCAAGUCCUUGAUGAGAUGCUUGAAAAAUUAUUCUUUAUAUAGAAAAUGGACAUGACAGGGAUCCAUUUAGUUGGACAGAUGUAAUUAGUUUUGUAAGCUCUACCUGUCACGUAUGCCAGGCCUGACAAGAUAUCAGUUCGAAGGGCCAUAAGAGCAAGUUUUUAGGCCUGGUGAAGUGGAGGCAAAGCGUGGUGGGCCAGCUGUGCAAUGGCUGGUAGCACAGCAGUAACUCGACUCUCACGCAUUAUGAUGUGCCUGCUUACUUUGGCUGGACUUCCCAUCAUCUCUGCUCUGGUAGCAGAGGGUGUUGCACGGCCAGCAGAAAAUCAUCCACCCAAAGUUUCCCAUUGUGAACAAUACAACACUACACAAUGUUCAAACGAGGGUCCCCAGCCACUUCUUUGCUCAGGGAAGAUGACGGAGACUUGUGAAGUAUGGAAUAACCCAGAGAAGAUAAACCAGUGUUUUGUUGUUUGGACUAAUAACUCGGGCAAGGUGGAGAUUACAUACAAAGGUUGCUGGUUGAAUGAUAAUACCUGUUCAGAUGAAUGCAUCAACGACCAGCCAGCAAGUAGCUUGACAGAAAACAAAAAACACUUAUUUUGUUGCUGCAAUCACAACAACUGCAACCAUAACUUCUUUUGGCGGCCACUGCCAGAAGUCCCUAGUACCACACCAACCACACCUCAAGACCAAGAUGUUGUUGUCAAAACCGUUGCUUGGACAUUGGGCACACUUAUCUGUGUUGUGGUCAUCGUUACCUUGCUCUUCUACCUCUACCGUCGACGAAAAAUGGCCAACUUUAUGGAGUUGCCAAGAGUGGAAUCAGCAGCACUAGUUCCUCCUUCUCCACCAUUGUGUGUACGACCUAUACAACUGCGUGAAAUCAAGGCACGUGGGAGAUUUGGUGCUGUUUGGAAGGCCAAUCUCCACACAGAUGUUGUUGCUGUCAAAAUUUUCCCAGUACAGGACAAGCAGUCUUGGUUGGUUGAGAAAGAAGUGUACUCACUUCCUCAGAUGUCCCAUGAAAAUGUGCUGCAGUUCAUUGGGGCAGAAAAGCAUGGAGAUAAUUAUCAAGCAGAAUUUUGGCUUAUUACUGCUUAUCAUGAACGAGGGUCUCUCUGCGACUAUCUGAAGGCAAACUUGGUUACUUGGAAUGAUCUUUGCAAAAUUGGAGAGUCCAUGGCAAGGGGUCUGAUGUAUGUGCAUGAAGAACAGCCUGCUACCAAGUGUGAGAGUCUAAAGCCUUCAAUUGCUCAUCGAGAUUUCAAAAGUAAAAAUGUUUUGCUAAAGGCUGAUCUAUCUGCCUGCAUUGCUGAUUUUGGCUUGGCUUUGGUCUUCCACCCUGGGCAGUCAGCUGGUGACACCCAUGGACAGGUUGGCACACGGCGUUACAUGGCACCAGAAGUAUUGGAAGGUGCAAUCAACUUCCAACGGGAUGCCUUCCUACGAAUUGACAUGUAUGCCUGUGGUCUAGUGCUGUGGGAAAUUCUCUCUAGGUGUUCAAGCCAGGAUGGUCCUGUACCUGAGUACCACUUGCCAUUUGAGGAAGAGGUUGGACAGCACCCCACUCUGGAUGAUAUGCAAGAAUGUGUUGUCACCCAGAAGACACGCCCUGCCAUCCGGGAUGUUUGGCGCAAGAAUGCGGCCAUGAUGGCUUUAAUUGAUACAAUGGAAGAGUGCUGGGAUCACGAUGCUGAGGCUCGCCUCUCUGCUUCCUGUGUUGUAGAAAGGCUGGCCAUUUACUCAAAAAACCUACACCUUUCCCCUACCUCAAAUCCACAGAAGGAGUCAAGCAUAUAAGGCCAUGAUGUGGUGGCCACGUACCUGGACAAGUACCUGUGCUGUAACCGCCUAUUAUGGGUCCUGGUGCGGGACAGACCCCAGCCACCAUGUCCCACAGGCACCAGCUGUGUUGGGGGCCUAGUGUACCGUGUGUCUGCCUCAAUACCCCCUCCCUUCUCCAACAGCUACACACCACAGCCAGCCACUUUAAACAUUCACAGUUUCUCUUGUUACAGCAAAGCUGGCCUAAGAGGCUUGGGCUAAGGGGACUUCACUUGGAAAAUGCACUCCAUUUUCUCAGCAUCUAAAUUUGGUACUGAUGGGCGAAAGGCUGUGUAAGUCAGUCAGAUAUGUCUUCCUGUUAUUAAUUAGUGCAAUAGUUUGAUAUCCGUGGCGGUGCUUAAAAUGCAUUUUUUUAAUAACUUGCGAAAAUGUAAAAUGAAUUUUGGAGUCCACAUGUCCAACCAAUUGUUCUUCUGGCUUGUGUGGUUGGGAGAGGGGGGAGGCUUAGUGUGGUGCCAAAGGGGUCAACAGGGAAGUGCUGGGACUACUAUGAAGAGCCACCAAACAGAAGGUAACUCAUGAGAACUUACUCCAUGGCUUCAUAACUCCACUGGGGCCAAGGUACUCCUCAAACAUCUGUGACUUUUGCCAAUAUUCAAUAGUAUUUAACAAUAUCAGUGCAAGAGGUUGAUCAAUGUAUCCAGACAGGAAGAUAAAGUAUUACAUUUUUAUUGGCAUCAUCACCUUAACCUGGAAUAAGUCUUAAUUCAAAACAAGAAGAAACUUGAGUGUGAAAGUUUUUCUCAGCAGCUAAACUGCUCAGGAAGUAAGAUGAAAUUUUCACAUCUGCUACAAGAAUAGAAGACAUUUCAGAAGAUAACAAAAACGAUGUUAAAAAUUGAAUUAUUUGAAGGACUAAUAUUAUUUUUGUUUUUCAAAUUGGCACAAGCAAACCCACCAGUGGGAAUGUUUUACCUCAGGAAUUCCCUUCCAAGAGUCCCCACUGCCAGAGUUAGUUCCUUGAGUUGAGUACCAGCUAGGUGGGGUUCAUUAUACUAUAUAAGUACUUUUGGGGAAUGCUCCCAGUUUUAUGGUUCUGCAUUUUCUUAAUCUGAAUGUGUCUGGUUUUGUGCAUUGAAACUGGAGUGGAUACUGUGUCACGAUAGUAGUAUUCACAGUUUGUUCUCAAAUAUUCUUUAAAAAGAAGACUUGAUUUCUAGAGCUAAGAUCAGCAUACUUUGCAUCCAGCCAUUUUUGCAGCUCAUAGUGCAGCUUAAAGCUCAACUCAGUAACUCAGGCAUAAGGAAAAUUAUGGUUGUGCCCCCCUGGCAAGUGUUCUAGUGUGUGGAAAAAUGGGUUUGGGUUCGUCAGUCCAUCUGCCAUUACAUGCAGUUAAUCCAUUAUGAAAAAGAAAGAAUGGAUGAAAUAUUAAGGAUAAAUCAAAUCAGAUCUUAAGGAAAUGGAUGUGUAAAACGAAAUAGAGAUUUCUGUGUGAAUCAUAUAUGGAUAUAAACAAUUGCCAUAGUAGCCAUUGAGAAUGGAGUAUGCUGUGUUUUUUACCACUCAUGUAAAAUGUAUUAUGUUAACUUUAUAGGCUGAUGGAUUAUGACGAGCCUGCCCAGUAAAAUGUGUUACCUAAGGCCAGUGGAGGGCCACGAUCGGGCUGCCCCAUAACUGUCAGCUCAGGAUACCCUUCAGUGACCACCCUGUUACCACUUUGCCCCCACACACGUACAUACCCUCAUCCUGUAUAUAUUUGCGCCUUGUUUGCAGCAUUACAGAAGUUGUCGCCAGCAAAAUGGAACUAGUGAUUAUUUUAAUGUGGUUUAUUUGUGAAACCAAUGGUGCUUUUUUUCUUGUAUCUCCAAGAUGAAUGUUAACUGUUGUAUAAUGAUGAAGCCAACAAGAGUGAGGACACUAUGGAACAUUGCCCACUCACCAUUGUAAAUACCUCAUGCCUGUACACAACAUCAUGACCUAUGGUAUCCAGACCUCACCAUGACAAAUCAUGAGUGCUUAUGUUCUAAUUACUAUUGCCUCUUGCUUGUGGAUGGAAGCAGUUCUCUGUUGCAUGGGAACUUGGUUAGAUGGCCAUUGAAAAAUCUUGCCUAGGGGCCAGUUUAUUGGAUGAUAUAUGGAAAAUGUUUAGAAGAGAUUUUGAACAAAUAUGAUAUUUUAGCCAUGCAGUUCUGAAGACAAGAGGCUGGAAUACCAAGAAUCAAACAAGUAAACUGAAAUGACUGUGAGAAAAGUAACCUUGUGCUUAAAUUAUCAUCUUCCAUAUGAAACUUGAAUUGAGGUUAUGGUGAAGUGAAGGACACGAGCCAAAGAAUGAUAAAAAGUGAGGACUGGAGCCGUCAUGUGAUAGACUGGAUACGUAUGGGGACUCGUGGGCACUUCCCACAUGCCCAAGGGAAACCACAUUGUCAUCAAGAGAAGACUGUGUAUGGGGGGAUAUUGCUUUAUUUUAUUUUUCUUAAAUUUCUUUUUAAAUUAUGUUCACCACUUGUUAGGGAACCCCCCAUGCUUGUUGUUCCUUGCAGGCAUUAGUAUGCCUCUUGUAUGUAUCCAUUGUAGUAGCAUAAAAUUCAUUAAUAUAAAGUUAUUCCCCAUAAAAUAUUUGAGGUGAAAUGCUGGACCAGGUCUAUGAAGUGAGCUUAUUACAGAUGAACUCGGAUUAUUCGUGUUUAGUUAAAAGAGAAGUUUCACUCGAUUGUAAAUUAUUAACAAUAUCAUACUCCACUUUUGGAAACGUACCAACAACACAGUAGGGGACUACUUUGGAAAAUUCACUUAUUAACCUUGCAUAUUCCUGAGAAACAUAGACAUUUUAUCACUUCAUUAGACAAAGGAUCUGCAUGUAGCCCUUCCAACUGAAGCCAUGAAAGGGAAGAAUCCUAUUUUGCCUUCUGGAAUAUAAUUGGCUUGCCAGACUAGAGGCAAUUUAUGAUUGGUGAAGCAAAUUAUUUGAAUAAUUUCUUCAGUUAUGGUAAAAAAAUUGUUUUAUUAAAUUUACACAUUUACAAAAGUUUCAGUGAUAUGCUGUAAAGAUGUGUGGUAUAUUCUUUAAUUAUUAUUUUUGGGUAGAUUGUGGUAUCUGGCAGAUGGAUUAAUUUUUUGUAUUAUUUUGUAAUUUUACUUUUGAAUCAGUCAUGAUUAUCUACUUUUUUUCAUAUUAGUCGAGAAAAAAUUGGAGUGUACAUAUACCAGUCAUAUACGUGCUCUUAGUUUUGAAGAUUCAGCCAUGUGGAAUUAGGAUUAAAUAUGAAUGUUGCACACACACACACACACACACACACACACACACACAUAUCAUACCACACACACACACACAUAUCAU